AUGCCUGACAUCCGCGGCGCCACCCUCACCCCCUCAACUUCCAAGGCCGACUACCUUGAAGCCUUGAAGGAGGCUGUCGGCCCAGGAGGCCUGAGAACUCUCCCCCCUGAUAGUGUCGAUAGCCCCGAACUGCAGGAUUUCCGUCGCUCCCUAGCCAAUUCGCUUGCAACCGCACCCGGACGGUAUACCUGUUCAUCCGAGAAGCCUCUACCGGUGACCAUCCGAGGCAUCAACAACCGCGCCACGCUUCAAGGUGGAUUUGGGGGAGUUAUCCCACGCUGGAAACCCGACAAUCCACCCCAAAGCAUCAACUUCGCUGCAUUCGAAAACGGGUACCCGCGCCCUGGUCUGGCGCUACUCGCCGCGAAUGCGCUCAGAGACGCCGCAAAUGACUGGAACGAGCUUGACCUGGGCGUGAAGUUCCAGUGGGUACAGGAUAUUGAGAAAGCAUCCUUCGUUCUGUCCUAUGCGGGGAACCAGGGGGAUGUGCUCGCAGAGGCAUUCUUCCCGAAUGAGGAUGACCUCAGUUAUCUAAAUGUGUAUUCCUCUGCAUUCCAACCGGGUACAGUGCAGUAUUUGAGGAAUAUCUUCCUACAUGAGCUCGGGCACGUAUUGGGAUUCAGACAUGAGUUCGCGCCGGAGCUCGAGGAUAACAAGGAUGAUUUUACUGUUCAAUUUGGUCCUCGGAAUCCGCUGUCGGUGAUGGGUUAUGAAUUUCCACCACGGCUUCAGACAACUGAUAGGGAUAGUGCUGAGGCUUUCUAUAAGUUUCCUGGAAGUCAUCUUGGAUGGAAGGAGGCGCGGGCUCCUAAGGAAAAGAGGAGGAAGUUGCCAAUUAAGGAUUGUACGGCCAGAUGA